AUGAUUGAGCGAUAUGGCAUGCCAUUACUCUGCCGACGUGCAAACAUAGUGCUUCCUACGAAUUUUGGGUAUGGAUCUACAAGCCCUCGGUGGGCUUCGACUGUUGACAAUUGGUUUGGGUUCAAAGGCUGCAGUACAAGAAACUGUGCUGUUCCAAGCCGUGAACCCGCUUUUGAGCGCCUGAAGGAGACCGUGCGAUUAAAGAACCGCCGCCAUUACAACGUCAAUUUGCUAAAUAUGCCCGAAUUCUCAACCGCUUCACGGCCCUAUCCAAGCCGAGGGAGCUUGUUCUCGAGCGAACGCCAUUGGGAAUACCAGCUCUUCCGCUACCACCGGCUAGGAAAUCUCCAUUGCCGCUUCACCAGCGUCAUCAGCGACCCGGUGGACUAUCAUAACUCCCAGUUCAUCGUACCCAAGGAAGCGGAAUCAGAGCAUCUCAUACCGCUUUCUUUGCAUGUCCGAUUUAUCGAGGCAGCAAACAGGGGGUGGCUCCGAGGAAAUAGAACAGGAGCUCGAGCGACGCGAGCGCCUCCCGUUGAUUCAGUGAUACUGAGGACUCUUUAUUUUAAUGGAAACACACUGCAUUUUGACCUGAAGCCGGUGACCAGAUUUAGUUCAAAUUUCAGAUCCCCUGCCGAACGUGUAUGGGAGGCAUACGGAUCCAAUACCAACCGCGAGACCAUUGUCCUGGCCGAACGGGAUAUCAAUACUGCUAAAAUGACGGUGUUUGGACUUCAAAAUUCGUGCGGCGAUGGUAAACACCUUCCAUUCUCCGAUGAUCGAGUGUCAAUGCUUGACAUACCCAACUAUGAGCUCAUUGGGCGAAGAAUCCCAGAGCUGCGAUAUCUGGAGGAUCACUGGGACGAGUUUUAUGACGACUACAUGACGGAAAUUGAGGACUAUAAUCGGAAAUACUUGAACGAUCGUAUUGCGAUGAUACGAGACGCAAUACAUGGACUGUCAAAUCGAUGUGCGGCAAUGGUGCGGAGAAGUCUUAAUCUGCUAGAAGAUGAUAUUCAACCGGUUUUUCACGAGGAAGGCUCAAUGAUCAUUGCGGCUGGAUUGGAGAGAAAUCGCUGUCCCGAGCAUUAUUGGUCGCUCCCAGUCGUUACUGGACCCGUUCUUCUAUUCUCCUUUCUUGAAUGGUUCUUUGCAGCAGUCACUUUACAAUCACCUGAUGUCGAUUCGGUUUCCGGGACCCUUAACGAAGGAUGUUUCAAAAAGCCGCACGUGUAUACGCUACUUCUUGGAAAUUAG